CUUCUCGCCUGCACAGCUUCAACUCUUAGUGUUUCUUUUACUUCUCGCAUUUCGCCUUGCCUGGCUAGUAAUCCCGCUGGUGCCCUCUUUUUCUGCUUCAUUCAGGCUGCCUGUGUUUUCCAGCCAUUUCAUUUCACAUCCACGCACGCAUUCACCGGUUUCUACACUACCCCUAAUUCAACACACUGCUCCGCCAAUGGCUUCCACCACUGAGCAUGUCCUGCCAGAGAGGCAAAAGAAGGAGUUACAAAAGGCCAUUCUCGAUUUCAUGCAUACGCAGGGCUACACGGAGAGCCUGGCCGUGUUUGCUAAGGAAACGGGCAACGAGGGCUUCGUGGCAGACCCCAAGGACAGACACCACAACCUGCUGCCGAAAAAGUGGACGUCGGUGAUCCGACUGCAAAAGAAGAUCAUGGAGCUGGAGUCGAAAAUGUCGAAGCUACAGGAGGAGAUCCGCUCUGGCGCCAUCCGGCGGCCAGCCAAAACAAACGAGUGGCUGCCACGACCGCCGGCCCGCACACAGCUGACGCAGCAUCGAGCGCCAGUCACACGUGUGCGCUUCCACCCGCAGUAUCCGGUGCUGGCCACGGCCUCGGAGGACAUGACCGUGAAGCUGUGGGACGCCGAGUCGGGCGAUUUUGAGCGGACCCUCAAGGGCCACACCAAAGCCGUCCAGGAUCUGGCCUUCGAUGCAAAGGGCGCAGUGCUGGUCACGUGCUCGGCCGACCUGACGCUGCGCGUGUGGGACAUCGCCGACGACUACAAGUGCGUGCGCACACUGCAUGGCCAUGACCACUGCGUGUCGGCCGUGUGCUUCCUGGGCGCUGAUAAGAUAGUCUCUGCGUCGCGCGACAAGACGGUUAAGAUCUGGGAGCUGUCCACAGGCUACUGCAUCAAGACGCUGACCGGCCACGCCGAGUGGGUGCGGUACGUCGCUGCCAGCGAAGACGCGAAGCUGCUGUGUACCGCGUCCAACGACCAGAGCGUACGCGUAUGGGACGCCGGCUCGGGCGAGUGCAAGAUGGACAUGCGUGGCCACGAGAAUGUGGUGGAGAUUGCGCGGUUUGCGCCUGUCAGCGCCUACGUCUGCCUGCGGAAGCUGGCUGGGCUGCCGCCAGUCAAAGCCACGCAUGCACCCGCAGCAGCAGCCGUAAAUGGCACGAGUGGGACCGCAAAUGGCGUUCCGCCAAACCCAGCCAACGCCCCCGGUCUGUUUGUUAUGAGCGCAGCGCGUGACAAGACUCUUCGGCUGUGGGACUCAACCUCUGGGCAGCUGCUGCAUACGUUUGUUGGCCACGACGACUGGGUGCGCGACUUUGUCUUCCACCCAUCGGGCAAGGUCAUGAUCUCCGUAUCCGACGAUAAAACAAUGCGCAUCUGGGAUUUGGCCACGGGUCGCUGCGCAAAGACGAUCGAGAGCGCAUCGCACUUUGUCACCUGCGUCGAUUUCAGCGUAGUCAGUCCCUUGGUAGCGACAGGGUCGGUAAACACGGAGGUUUCGCUGUGGGAGUGUCGGUGA